AACCUUUGACGACCAACAACCGCAAUCAUGGGUAAAGGAAAGCCAAGAGGUCUCAACGCCGCCCGCAAGCUCCAGAACACCCGCCGCGAGGGUCGCUGGGCCGAUCUCAACUACAAGAAGCGUCUGCUCGGUACCGCCUACAAGUCCUCUCCCUUCGGUGGUUCGUCGCACGCCAAGGGUAUCGUCCUCGAGAAGGUCGGUGUCGAGGCCAAGCAGCCCAACUCGGCCAUUCGCAAGUGUGUCCGUGUUCAGCUCAUCAAGAACGGCAAGAAGGUCACGGCUUUCGUCCCCAACGAUGGUUGUUUGAACUUCGUCGACGAGAACGACGAGGUCCUCCUCGCCGGUUUCGGUCGUAAGGGCAAGGCCAAGGGUGAUAUUCCCGGUGUCCGUUUCAAGGUCGUUAAGGUCUCCGGUGUCGGUCUUUCCGCUCUCUGGAAGGAGAAGAAGGAGAAGCCCAGAUCGUAAACAACUCGUCUCUGCGUUGUACGACUCUUACGCUUUCUUUCUUCGCGGGCGGAAACAAGCAACAACAAAAGAUUCUCUUUUCACAUCACCUGGUGUCAACAUCAUCAUGCUUGCGGGUUGAUUCGGCUGGCGAAAAUGGGACUUUGCGAACAAAAAUGAAAAACAGUUUCCAAAAACACCCAACAACGACGUCUCUUCUCCCCGCUGCUGCGAGCACCUCUUUUUCCGCCCUGCCCUGCUCUGCUUCCUCUUUUUUUCUGGCAUCAGAUCCUACCCAGCGUCUUGUGACAUAGUUACGGAAUGCACUUGUCCAGCUCUGGC